UACAUCUUUCUUGCAUUCGACAAAAACUCUGCAUUUCAAGCACAGCUCUCUUUCUCUCACCCCCACACUAGCGCACAUACCCAACCGAGUCACCUCAUCCUCCUCGACGAUGCCUCACUUGCGCGCCGCUCAAUCUUCUGCCUAAAUCUAUAACCUAGUUCUAUCUUUUUCAUCAAUAAACGCUUGAAUAUUCCAUUCAAUUUGUAUCUUGGAAAGUCGAAUCUCAAUUUGCGUUUCUCCAAACCCUAGAAAAUGUCGGGCGGCUUUUUCCGGGGUACGUCUGCUGAGCAAGACACUCGAUUCUCAAACAAGCAAGCAAAGUUGCUCAAAACGCAGAAGUUUCCUCCGGAACUCGAACAUUUGGUUGAUAUUACGAAAGUGAAAAUGGAUGUUAUCAAGCCGUGGAUUGCGAAAAGAGUGACCGAACUACUUGAUGGAUUUGAAGACGAAGUGCUCAUUAACUUUAUCCAUGAACUUCUGGAAGGAAAGGUGGUAAAUGGAAAGCAGAUCCAAAUUCAACUGACUGGUUUCAUGGAAAAGAACACUGGUAAGUUCAUGAAAGAGCUCUGGUCGCUUCUUCUCAGUGCCCAGAAAAAUGCUAGUGGCGUCCCCCAACAAUUCCUGGAUGCUAAGGAGGAGGAAACCAAGAAGAAAAAGGCGGAGAAUGAUCGUAUCUUUGAUGAAAUUCAGAGAAGGAAAGAAAAGGAGGCUAAAGAAUCCGAGCAAGAGAAAGAGAGGCAAAUGGAUGACGGACUUGGCAAAUAUUCUACCGAGGAAUCAAAUAGAAGGCGAGAGAGAGGUUCUGGUGUGCAAUCUGGAGAUGAGGAUGGAGCUGGUGUGAGAAAUGGUUUUGGAGGAAGAUCCAGGGCAUCCAAGUCACCAUCUGCUCAUUCCCAGUCACCUCGUCGAGAAAAAAGUGCAUCGAGGAGUACUUCUAGUUCUCCUAGGGGGAAAGAGCGUUCAGUUUCUCCUGAAAGAAGACAGCGAUCACCCCGAAGAAGAUCUAUCACUCCCAGGAGGAGGUCUGCCCGGGAGUCUGUAUCUCCAAGGAGGAGGUCUAUAUCGAGAAGGCGAUCUUCACCUCGUACACGAUAUAGAUCCCCAUCUCCCAUGAGGCGUAGAGUUCGUUCUCCAGCACGUAGAAGGUCACCAUCUCCCAUUCGACGACUUUCACCUUCUCCUACCAAAAGGAGGUCACCUUCACCUUUCCGACGUCGGUCUCGUUCACCUUUACGACGUCGGUCCCCUUCUCCCAGGAGGCGUCGGUCACCGUCUCCGUUGCGUCGCCGAUCACCAUCCCCUAGGCGACGCAGAUCCCCUUCUCUUGUUCGCCGCCGUAGGAGGAGGUCCUCUUCAAGUCCGAGGUCUCGGUCUCCAGGUCAGCGUAGGUCUCCGUCUCCUGUUCGACGUCGGUUCCAAUCUCCUGUCCGAAGGUCUUCCUUUCCAGUUCGACGUAGGUCCCCAUCUCCUGCUCGACGUAGGUCUCCGUCGCCUUCUCCUGCUCGACGAAGGCCCCUGUCUCCUGCUCGACGUAGGCUCCUGUCUCCUUCUCGGCGUAGGUCCCCGUUGGCAAGGGGACGCAGGUCUCCAUCUCCAGCGGAACACAGAUCAUUAGCUUCAGAUCGAAGAAAAUCACCUGUUCCAGCUCGUAGGAGGUCGCCUACUCAUUCGCCAAGCAGAUCUCCAUCACCUGCCAGUCGAAGUUCCAAAUCCCCUGCCAGGGGUAUCUCUACUUCACCGGUUAAGAUGAGAUCACCCAGGAUUCAGAAAUCCCCACAUGAAUCUCCUAGAGAAAGAAACAGGGACCAUGAGCCUGCAGUAAUCACGCAUAGACAACCUAUUUCAUUGUCCCCCCAGAGAGAUCAUUCUAACAGAAAACCCUCACACAGAAAUGUUCCAUCUGUCUCACCUCCUCCAGAGAAGUCAAAUGUGGUGUCACCACAAAUCCGGACUAAGACUUCUGGUGAAGAUAGGAGGUUGGUCAUUCUUCAUGAUAGCCCUAGAAACAAUGCAGGAGAUAAAACCACUCUUAAUGGAAGUCGAAGCCCUACUAGAUUAAGAGAUCAGAAAGUUCGUCAUGGAAGCCCAAAAACAAGUGAAGGGAAAUUUGAAAAUAACAGAGAGUACAAGGUGGACAAGUACAAGUUAGAAGGAAAAAGAGCUGCAUGCUCCAGGAAAUCUCCUGAACGAUCGAGCAGCUACCGACAUCGUGACAUUGCUGAUGCAAGGCAGGAGAACAAUGAGAAAAUAAGUGAAGAAGCGUCUUUGAAGGAAAUCCGUGCUUUAAAAAAGUCACCGCCUAGAGGUUCUGUAAUAUCUGUAUCUGGUGAAAGGUCUGACAUAUUAUACCUUGGGGAUGUUUCCAAAUUGGACGAGAAGAGAAACUCCCAACAAAAAGAUAUGAGGGACAACACUAUGUCUGACUCCUUGGAUAAUCCAAUCAAUAAAAGGAGAAGUCGUAGUUUUGACUCUGAUUCUGGGUCUGAGGAAAGUGAGAAGCAUAGAGCUGAAGUUUCUGAGAAGAGGAAACAUAGAAGGUCAAGGCGAAGAGAAGUAGCUUCAGAUGAUACUAGUUCCGAAUCUGAGAUGGAGGACAGAAAGGAAGCUAAGAGAAAGAAGAAGGAAGAGAAGAAAGUGCGGAAAGAGGAGCGGCGUAGACGCCGUGAGGAGCGACGUCGGAGAAAGGAAGAUAAGCGUGCUAAUAAACGGAAGCGAAAGUCAAAAGAUGCUGAUGCUAUGUCUUCUGAUGUGGAAAACAAUGAAAAGAAUGCUGAUGCUUCGAAUGGUGAACGUCGUACGAGGAAGCAUUCAAGUGAUGAAGAAGAGACAGAAUCACAGAAGAAAAGGCUGGAGAUUGAGCUACGUGAAAAGGCUCUUGAGUCACUGAGGGCAAAGAAGGGCAUUAGCCGCUGAAUGUGUUGCUGUUUUUUUUAACUUCUGAUGUUGCCUUUAUUUUUGUAACAGAACUACUCGUAAUGGUUUUUUUUUUUCGUUUUUUUUCCUUGUUAUGGUGUACUUUAUAUUUUUAAUGCUAUAAGUGUAGUUGAUAUA